GAGAGAGAGAGAGAGAGAGAGAAUACUUCAGGAGCUGUAGCCUACUUAACGAAAGAAAAUUAUACUAAAGCGAUGAAAUGAGCCUUUUUCAUUGAGUUUACAUACUAGAGCUUCACACCGUCUCACCCGGACGACAGAAAAAAAAGAGAACACCGAGAGAGAGAGAGAGAGAGAGAGAGAGAGAGAGAGAGAAACAUACAAGACUUGGCUGAUGCAUCUCUCCGAGAGCAUCCAUUUCACGGCAGUUUGACGCGGAGGAGACGGUGCGCAUUUCUCUCUGAGAGACGCGGUGCUCUUCUCUCCUCCGAAGUCAGUUUCCUCGAGCGACACUUUUGUCUUCCUGCGUUCAUCGACAAGGACAGUGUUUCGUAACAAGCCCUGUUUACUUGGAGCGCGACCAGGUCGUCUGCAGCUCCAGAAGGCGACAUCGCAUCUCGUUUGUGGAGUGGAACCCGCGAUCCGCAGCUCGAGACGCAAAAACGGAAUAUCCGACGGUUUUCAAGUUUUCCUGGAAGUUGCGCAGUGACAGCAGAUGAUGGGGAUUUGUGGCUAUUUGGCGGUGCCGGGGAAAUGCCUCGUCCUCCUCGGACUUAAAUUGUUAUUCCUUGUACCUGCAGGAGUUCCAGCCAGGAGCGGGGAUUCUGUAUUAAAGGACAACAUCACCGUGAGACAGGGGGACAGCGCCGUCUUAAAAUGCAACGUGGACAGCAAAGUAUCGCGAGUGGCGUGGCUCAAUCGCACCACCAUCCUCUUUGCAGGAAGUGAGAAGUGGUCUCUGGACCCCCGCGUCAUCCUGAUGGAAAACACAGCAGUCACAGAGUACAGCAUCAAGAUCCAAAAUGUUGACGUCCACGACGAAGGGCCCUACGUCUGCUCCAUCCUCACGAACAAGAAGCCAAAGUCCACAAAAGUGCAUCUCAUCGUUCAAGUACCCGCCAGGAUCACUGAAAUAUCGAAGGACGUCACAGUGAAUGAGGGCAGCAACGUCGAUCUCAUGUGCCUGGCGGUGGGUCGACCGGAGGCCAACAUCAUAUGGAAGCAUCAUUCACCAAGAGGCACUCAUAAGUUUGUGACGGAGGGGGAACACCUGGUGCUGACAGACAUCACCAAGGAGCAGUCAGGAUCCUAUGAAUGCAUUGCUUCUAAUGACAUUUCAAACCCUGAUGUCAGGAUGGUUCAAGUCACCGUCAACUAUCCACCCUUUAUUUCUAAUGCGAGGAAUACGGGUGCUCCGGUUGGACAAAAAGGAAUCCUGCAAUGCGAAGCCUCCGCUGUUCCCAGGGCAGAUUUUGAGUGGUACAAAGAAGACCGCAGGCUCUUCAACGGACUAAACGGAGUUAAGAUAGAGAAUCAAGGUAGACAGUCGAUGCUCGUCUUUUUCAACGUCUCAGAGGAAGACUACGGAAACUACACUUGUGUUGCCGUGAACAACAUGGGAAUCACUAACGCCAGCAUAAUCCUUUAUGGUCCUGGUGCGAUGCACGAUGUGAACGGGGCCGCCGUGUUGCCCCGUGCCUCCGUCUGCCUCCUGCUGACCGUGACCUCACUCUACCUGCUGAAGUUCUGAUGUGAAAUGUGACGACCUUCAAGCUUCCCUCAGCGUUGAGCAGCAAGAACAGACUAUUAGUCCUAUAUGAGGAGAAUGGAAAUGUAAGAGUGCCAGUGGCUCACCCUUAGUUUUCUUUCUUUUUCUUUCUGGCUUUGCAUCAGAGUCUGUUCUCUGUUGGCUCGCCAAGAGAGAGAGGCGUCAAUCCGAGCAAGGGAAAAUUCAAAUCAUGCACUAAUUUGAUGAUGGUAGAACUACUGAGUUUGUGACCCCCUAAGCCCCCCCCCAAAAAAAAACCUUUUUGUAUGUGAAAAAGGAAAAAAGAAGAAAAAUACAUAUAACUGUUGAUAGUUGACUGUUUAUUGCCCAAUAUUGAAGUGUACACUCAGAUUAUUAUUAUUGUGUCAUGUCCUGUUCAAUAUCUGUACAAUACCAUUAAGCUUUUUUUAAGUAAACAACAAAAAAAACCAGAAAAAAAGCAACGUGAUUGUUGAAUUUUACUGUAUUUUUACAGUUGUAUGCAAAACAGAGUAACAGAUCCUACAUGACAAACAGUUCAGAGUAAAAAUAGUACACCAUGAUUUCUCAGGCAAAGUCCUACAGCAUAGUGCAUCCACAUUUUGAUUUCCAUCCUAUGGUAGUGUGUGUAGAAAAUGUACAAAUGUGUACAGAUAUUCCUGCACUGUUGUUUUUUUUAAAAGGCAUACACGGCAUCAGAUGGCAUUUUUCAAACACCUAAUUGCGGCGUCAUAGCAGCUUCACGGCAUAUUCACAUCACAGUAGGCUACUGAAAACCUGAACCGAGAAGAGUCAUUCAGAACAAACGUGUUGGUCAGCGUGUCGCUUCGUUCGCUACAGUGACAAAUUGAAGAGUGCAGAUGACGUGCCGAUGACGUCAUUGUAACUCUCAGGUUAGCAGCAUGGCACUGGACUGACUUCUCAGCUAAUUGGGGAACUAAAUUGUAUUUGUAAAAUAAAAUAUUGUAAUCCUCCUGAUGAUAUUUUGGGCUUUUACAGUCUUGUUUUUAAAUUGCAACUAGCAUGAUACACGCUGAUGGAGAGUUAUCGAGUUGACAAAUGUGCAAAAGUAAAAACAUGUUUGAUCUCAGGCUGCCACAGUGGUUCUCAAGGUCCCUUGUGGGCUCCCAGUGGGCUUUUAUGCAAUUGAGGCUUUUUAUUUGGAUCCAACAUAAGUUCAACAUAAGUCAUGAGUUUUUCUUUUCUUUUCUCAUUGACCCUCAACUGGAAAAUGGUACCUAUCAAUAGAUUAUAAUCCUCUUUAAAAUAUCUCUCAAAUACCACUGAAAAUGCAUACAGUCAAAAAAAAGUUCACCGUCAAUGAAUAAGAGUGGAGAGAGCUACUUAAAGGACCAGCCAGUGUCUUUGCAAGUGUUAUCCUGUUAAGUAAAAACACACCAGAGCUUUAGAUUUUUGACUUAAACGUGUUUUUUUUCGCUCAUAUGUGAAUGAUAUUAAAAGUCUCAACAGUGACUUGCAGUGGCGGAAUGUAACUAAGUACAUUUACUCAAGUACUGUACCUAAAUACAACUUGGGGGUGUUUGUUUUUUACUUGACUAUUUCCAUUUUCUGCAACAUAAUAAUUAUCAUCUUCUACAGCUCAGAGGGCUAACCAGUGGGGCACGCUCACAUGCACUAACAUGCACUAAAAGGCACGCGGCCAGUCAGCUAUGUCACAAAGGAAGGAGAAGCUUUGAUAUCAACACACACAGAGGGAGAGACACUUCAUUCUCUGCUCAGGUAGACAUUGCUCUACUACAUCUUUACAUUGCUGCUGUAUAUUAAUGCUCUGAAUAUUGUAAAGAGAACCUUUAAGUAAAAGUCCUGCAUUCAAAACCUUACUCGAGUAAAAGUGUAUAUUAUCGGCAUAAUGCACUUAAAGUUCUACUUAAAGUAUUGAUUGAUCAGUAAAAUAUGAUGAAUAGUAGGCCUACUGGUGCAUUAAAUUAAUGUGUAUGUUGCAUUGGAACUCCUUUAUAUCAUGUUGGCCAGUUUAAUCUACAUCAAUGCAUCAUAUUCUAUAAGAUGAUCAUAUGUUUGUAGCUUUGCUGUCCUGUGAGAACCACGUAUCUCUAAAAAGAAAUGCAGCCUGUUUUUAGCUUUGUGACGAUGCUGAUGCAGCUGAUCCAAGAGACUUUUUAAAGUAGGUUCUCAACACAUAAAUGAACACUUCAUCCUUCAGUUUAUCGCAAACAUUCAACCUCAACACAUCUAGACAUACAUGGUUUUCACUGUACAGGAAGGGGAUGAAAAACUGUCAUCUGAAAAGUAGCUAAAGUAAAGUAUACGGCGGUUACAGCUGAUAACGCCGUCAUGAAACACAGCGUCGACUCGGAAGUGUAGCACCCACCCUCCGGUUCCCCCUCACACUGUCAGCUCUGUCAGCACUGUUGUUAGCACUCAUCCUGCUGUUAGCAAAGUUAGCUGCUAGCCGCCGGCUCAGCCAUGUUGAUAGCUGUGUGGAGGCAAUAGAUAUGCUCGGAAGUCUGCGAAAGCCCCUUUAGAGGUCUGAUUCUGGAGAAAGAGCUCAACACUCAAACAAACCCAUCCUUCAGCUCACACAGAACACAUAGGUACCGGCAUGUGAAGAGAUAUUUGCUGAGUUUGACAAAAAGUCUAUUGAGUUAGAAUCGCAGACUGUACCUUAAAGUAAAGUAAAGAAUCUGAAUACUUUAUUCACCGCCGGUGAAGCAGCAUUUGUUUUAUUUAUUAAACACCACGUAUUUUUAUAUUGUUAAGGUUAAGUUAUCAAUGUGUGGUAACACAAAUGAAAAGCAUGCCUUACGUUGAAUCUUGUGUUGAUUCAACGCAGUAGUAAUGGAUUAGGAUGAGGCCACUUUUUAUUUUUACAUUUACAGCUACAAAGCUGGCACACGUCCAGCCCACAAAGAGGCUAUUUCAUGAACGACGAGUGGAGUCAACUUGAAUGAAGGCGAAUGUCCCGCGUAGCUGCUAUGAAGCUUUUUUUCAGGUGUUAUGUAUGUGUGCUUUUAACCUGGUUUGCCGUGAGGUAAACAGCAGACGCUGAUCUCAAGACGGCAGAAGUGAUUAUUGUGCUCUGUUGUCAGUAGAUGCAUUGUCAAGGGACAUUUUUUAAGUCUGCCUGGGACAGAAAUUUCCAGUGAUGAGAAUAUACCUAAAGCACAAGUGAUUGAUAAUGUGAUGUUCUGCUAUUGUCCAGUUGACUCCUGUGCAUACAUAUGAGUAAGAAGUGUAUUGAAGACAAAACAGGGACGACGUCGAUGUAUGUGGGAAUGCUUUUGUUGUACUCACAUGUUAGGUUCUGUGCUUGUAAUGAUGGUGAACCAGUAGGCUGCAGAUGAUGUCACAGGGACGGGAUAUCACUUUUUAGGGGGUUUGCAAAAAAAACACAGACAGAUGAGAUUCAGACGCUUGCAAAACUAAAGUUCAGGGUUAUUGUAACCCUUUCCAUCCCAGAUAGAUUAACAUUAUAGGUGUUGAUGUCAAUGAGCUUGAAUUCAUUUGUUUAAAAUCCCCAUUAAAAGAGAACUGAUCCUGGAAUUUACUUAAGGUGUAAUUUUGCAUAUGUCACCAUGAAUGAAAAUAUAAUUAGUUUUAUUUCAUUUAUUUUCCCUUUUUUAUGUUUUAAGGGUAUUAGAUUUAUUCUUUUGACAUUAUCUAUAAUCCUCCUGAAUGCAUAAUCCUCUGGGCAUUUUAAAGUUCACUGUAUUCAAAUUCACUUGUCAUUUAUUUUAUUUUAGUUAUUAGCUCUUUUUUGUUGUGUUUUUAAACCGUUGAUCUUAUGAUGUAUGAUCUCACUGACUGCGGCAUUGAUGACCUGUUUGAUUUGUUUUUGACCUGACUGGAGGUUCAGCAUAGGGUAGUCACUAUUGUGGUAUACAGUCAUCGUAUCAUUUGAUUGAGAGAUUGCAAAAAUGUCCAUAAACUGGUUAAAUGUGAAUUCAAAUUUGUUUAGUUUCUGUUUUUUAUUUUGAACUCGGAGUGCCUCAGUUUAAACCUGGCAUCAGAAUGCGUCUCCACAUUUGUCUCCAGUGACCACUUUGAGUCGACCAAAUGAGUUGCUGUAUUUAACAGGUGGGAGGCAGCAAUGCACUUCCCUUGCCUAGUUUGCCUGCAAUUUAGUAUUUGUUGAAAUGUAUAUCUCUAUAGGAUUUACAAAAUGUUCAGCCGGCUUACAUGUCUUGAUAAACAACUGGAGAUUGGAAAAAGUACUCUUAUGACCUAUUUUUCAGUUAUGUCCUUGUUGGGACGCAUUAUUGUUACCACUACAAAAGUCAUGUGAUCAAAUGCAUCCUAGACAACCUCGGCAAGGAUCAAAUCACAAUCUGUCUUGGUUGUCAUUUACCCAUGUAUUUAGACGUGUCAAUUUAUGAUCCGAUUGCCAAAGACACAUGUAAAUACAAGGGGUAAGAAGGGUCAUAGUGACAAAGCCACAGAUAAUCAUCACCAACUCUGUAGUUCCCCUUGGAUCUUUGUUGUGGUUUUAGGGCCUGCAGCUUUACUAUUUUGGCAUUAAGAAGGCUUUGAUAAACCCACUGUAUACAACCUGCUGAGCACCAAACAACAGGGCCAAUAUUUCUUUCAGGAGUUGGUGAAGAGAGUGGAUAUUGGACUUAACAUUUGAGGCCAGAAAAACGACUCCAAAUUAACUCUAACACAUUUAUUAACAAAACAAAAUGUUGACCCAGGUGUGUUUUUAUAGAAAUUGUAAAUAAUAUGAAUAGGUUCAUGUUUAAAGAUGGGAUUAAAAGUGAUAAUAUUUGGGAAAGAGCUGACAGUGAAGUUGUAAAGUGUUACACAGUCUGUGUGAGGCUAUGGGGAAUGAGGUUCCCUUUGGAAUCUAACUGGAACCAUGGAAAGGUGAGGAGCAACUGAUCAGAAGAUCUCAUGGAUUCUGGAUAUAGGGAUUGGCAAGAUUGGGAAUGUAAACUGGUGCUUAAAAUCAAUCAAUAUCAAUAAAAGGGGAAUGUGCGGGGUGUCAUCAGCAUCGUAUUGAUAAGGGAGGUCGCAUUUUCUGAAAACAGACUCCAGUGGAAAUGUACUCUGUAUAGUGCAAGAAAAUGAUGGCCAAAAACGACUCUACGGGUACACUACAAGAGGAAGGAGCAGAAGAUGAUGAUGAAAAAUGAUCAAUCAUGACAGGAACUGAUCUAUGUGUUCAGAUAAGGUAAGGUCUUUCAGAGACCUUACAGGAUUGAGAUGAUCCAUUAGGAAUUGUUCUAUAAAAUCUAUCAUAGUUCAUAGUUAAAAUCUAUCACAGUUCAUAGUUAAAAUCUAUCAUAGCUCAUAGUUUGCGAACAUUAUUGAAAGAAUUGGGAAUUGACAGAUUUGGAAGGAGAGAGAUAACAUGCUAACAUGUGAGUGUUCAAGUCUGCAUCAAGCUACAUUAGCCUAACCAGUCUGAUAUAUUAAAAUCUGCAUUAAAUCUUACCAUAAAAAGCAAA